UUUAAAAACCGUGCCAGUGCUUCAUGUGUAUUCAUUCGCACGGUUUAUACCCUCCAGUCGAAGUCGCUAAUACGGACGGCAGGAAUAGGUUGUGUUUGAAUUAGUUGCUUGUUUGCAGAUUGCAAUGUCAGGACGCAUAUAGGGCCAAGCACAAAAUGGCACAUUGGAUGACUGUUGUACUGUGUACCGUGCUCGUCGCGUGGGAUGCUAACGGCCAGGCGAUAGUAGUACAGCCGGUUGAUGCUAAAGGAACCGAGGGGGUGACGAGCUACCUCAAUAUGGACGUCGAAGUGAGCAACCUGAACCAGGUUACCCAGGUGAUGGCCAUUCGAAGGGAGUCUGCCGUCAUCAUAGACGGACUCAUAAAGCGAGAGGAUGCCUUCACGAGCCUGGGUUUGGACUCGGACAAGUACUCUGUGUCGGAGACCAUAAACUCGGACACUACGACCAUAGAAUACAGGCUCGAGCUGAGCAAUCCAACGCGGGUUGAUUCAGCGGAAUUCACCUUUAUAGUCUGUCGUAGAUUAACACCUGGCGGAUGCAACGUAAACGCGGUCCAGUUGGCGUCAAACACUGCAAGUUUCACGGUAAACUACGUCCCUGGAGUGGCAUACCCAAACUGCACCUCGGAUGGUCCACAAUUACCAAUGGGGAGCUUGGGCGAUGGUGAUGGUGAGAGGGUGACACUGGGAACACCAACCGUCUUGUCCUGCCUGUCGGAGAUCGGUCAGCCCCCGGUCCAACUGACCUGGGAAAAGAACGGCACGGGGGUCAGUACGGAGAACGAGAACGCAGGGGUGUACCGAUACGGGAAGCACACGUUCACCCCGUCCCUGGGGGACGAGGGGGAGGUGUUUGUCUGCAAUAUGACCCCGGGGCUCACGGGCCCGGACUACCUGAGCCGGACCUGCGUUCUGGGCAUAAACGUCGUGUCCACGCCCGCGGUUGAGAUCACGUACGAGGACACGAAAGGCUACAUUAUCGUGGGAAGCACGGUCGUUUUCACUUGUUCAGCUACAACGGAAACGUCGACUGUCAACGCCACUACAUGGACUGUCCCAGAGGAGCUACAAAACACCACAGAUCGCUACGAGAUCAAUGAUGAGCAGUUCACCUUCACCUUGAAACAGGUAGAACUUGUAGAUAAUGGUGUCAAUCUGACAUGCAUGGUCAUCGAUAAUGAGGGCAUGGAAGGAUCUAGAGCUGUCACCCUCCAGGUCAUAGAUGCAGCUGACCUUCCUACUGACCCUGUCACUGUACCGACUGCACCCGCUAUCAUUCCAACUCCGACAACAACCAAGCAACCGGAGGAUUACACAGCUAUCAUCAUCGGCUCGCUGUUUGGCGGGUUGCUCCUUAUUCUCCUCGUCGGGAUGGUGAUACUUUUUUACUGGAGGAAGAAGGCAGAGAAGAAGCCGAAGCCGGUGGACCAUCCCAGCCACAAUGCAAAACAAACUGCCAAGCCUCCAAGUACCGGACUGUCAUCUAAGAACUACGAAUCGAAGACUACCGUGACUCGCCAGCAUGGAGCUACCGUGAACGAGGAGCAGUUGUCCCAUGACCAGGAUGUCUUGGGUUACAACGACCCAGACGUGGUCCCAAGAGGAAGCCGCUUGAAUUCCCCCGUUCGCGGAGACUCACUGGAGAAACAAAGAGCAGCUCCAUCGCGCACACUGUACGAAAACGUCCCUCUCAAAGAUCGACACCCAGCCACGACACACGACAAAUAUCGAUACGAUACCGAUUACGAUCGUCCUGGGUACAACUAUGAUGACGGGGUUUUCAUCGAUUCCGGAUACCCGGAGAAAGGCUCGCAUCACGAUGCCGAGACUGGUGAGGAUCGAUACCCAGAUCACCAUCGUUACGACGAUGACAGCGACCGGCCGCCGUCGGAUGUGGCAAGUUACAAUUACGACAAUCGAGGAUACGACGGAAAAUACGAGGACGAACAUAGUCGUGACGGGCGAUAUGACGACCGGUACGGAGACUACAAUGACAAAAGUUGGCCAUCAGAUGCGGACCACAAACACACGUACGACGACCGCGCGUACGACGAUCGCGCGUACGACCAGGAACCGUACUCGCGUGACGAUGGGAGCUACGAAGAUGGGUAUAGGCGAGACAGCUACGAUAAACAAUACGACGACCGGUACAGAGACUAUGGGAAGCCAGACUACGACCAGAACGACCGAGGGGGUGACCCUUACCGCCCCUCCAAUGAUGACGAGGGAUCGUACGGUAGACGCACUCCGAGCGAUUACAGCGAGCAGGAAAGUUACAGUGGGAGUUACGAACCGACCGCCGAUCGUUACGAUAAUAAUUCUGGAAUGUACACCUUACAACAUGACGACUAUGAUGACAAUCCUAGUUAUGUUUGAAACGGAGUAAUAACUAUGGUUACAUUCUGGGUAUUGUCAGGAAACGUAUAGAGUUAAUGAAUUAUUAGAGGGAAAGAAUAGUAAAGGGCAGGUGUGGUGGAAACGCAGCGAAGAUAUCCUCGUUAACGAUUAAAGUACAUGACAGCCAGUCAGUACAAGCUGAAAUUGUCCCGAUGAGUUGCAAGUAAUUUUCGUAAUUAAAAUGUAUAGGCCCCUAUAGCAAAUUUCUACACUGUUACAUCACAAUAUUGCCCUAUGUGUCCGAAAACACUUGGAACACCUGUCAUAUUUUCAGAGAGGCAUGAAAAUCUGUAAACACAUUGUGUUUCACUGUUAAAUUAUUUUGUACCGACCGCAAUCGUACGACCGCUCGAACAUCAUUUAUCCAUUUAGAAACUAGCGAGUGUACAAUUUCCUCUCGAUAUUUACCAUGACAUUCGAGUGUUUUGAUGUAAUUAUGUCCCGUGUGUGUUGUAUGCACUGACAAAAAAAGUGAUCAACCCUAUGGCUUUAUUCUACUCACGAUGUUUUCAACACAUCGACUUCAAUUAGGCCUUUUAAGCCGUGCAAUCAAUUUUGACCAGCAAUAUUUUCGGAGGUUUAUCUGUUGGUUGUUAAUUAUCUGAGCCUGCACGCGAUAGCAAUGUACAUUGUAACAGCAAACGUGUUCUGUGUCUGAAAAAAAACUGUUAAUACUUAACUUCGAAUUGUUGAAUCAUCGACUCGCCGCCAUGGCAACACCAACUUCGCCCAUACGAUAAACGCGUCAUCGGAAAUACGUCUUCGCCCCAGUUCUUUUUAUCGAAAGACUGAAAAUUAACAUAUUAAUAAAAUAACUGUCGAUAUUUGUUGAUAAUUGAUUUUUCAAAUCAAUUAAAUAACUGUCGAUAUUUCAAAUAACUGUCGAUAUUUGUUGAUAAUUGAUUUUUGUCGAUAUUUGAUAAAAUUGUAUUUUGACAAGAAUAUAGUGGCAUUGUAUGUAUUUGUAUGGUUGUAUAUAUUUGUAACUUACAUUGCACUUGCCAUCAAUAUCAUGGCAUUCAUUCAAACUUGAAAAAAAGAAAUGGGACAUGUUAUUUCAACUCUUUCUACUUAAGAUAUCAUUUAUAGUAUAUGAUGAUCCAGCUUGGGAAAGAUGUACAAAUGCAUGUCGGAAAAUAAUUCUGACAAUAUUACAUCUUUAAAUGUUUGGUAAAGAAUGAAUGAUUUUGAUACAAUGAUGUAGUAUUUGCCUGAUAGGUUUACCUGCGCCGAUUCCCGGCAUAUAUUUGUGUAAAGUCACAAGAAAUUAUUAAUUUGGUCAUUGUUCCAGUGGUGGUUCUGUGAAUAGAUUCAUUAAUGUUGAUGAAAAAGCAGUUUAACGUGUGCCCGACUCUGUAUACAGGGUGAUUAAAAAAAAAAUG